AUGAGCAUUGGGGUGUGGAAGUGGUCUUGCACCCUCCGACACGUGGCGUCUUAUCGAGGGCGCGUUCGGCGAAAGUGGCGCCCUCCGUGGCGAUCUGAACUCUCGCAACUCGAAAGGGAAAUCGCACCCGCCACGCGGUGCGCGUCUGUACUAAGAGUUGGCAUCCACAAUCUUGAUCUCCUUGCUCGUCGUCAAACUUCGUCGUACACCAGUAGCACAUCGUCGGCAGGUCAGGAUACGGCCGCUCCGAUCACGGCAGAUGCUACCCUAAUAGCGGAACAUAAGGGCCAUAUUCGAGAGGGCGCUCUAGGAUUCGUCGUAUCGAUCGCGGGUUUUCCAGCAGACUCCAUGCGUCCUUCACCCCGUGCCCUUUCGAUAUUAACCGACCGCUUUGAAAUUCCGCGCUCUUUUUAUGAUUUC